ACAGAAAUAUAACUACCUUUUUUCUUUAACAGUUAUUUCGAGAAGUACGAAUAAUGAAGAUAUUGAAUCAUCCUAACAUAGUAAAAUUGUUUGAAGUUAUUGAAACAGAGAAGACCCUCUAUUUAGUCAUGGAAUACGCCAGUGGUGAUUGUAUCUGCUGUACAGUAUUGUCAUCAAAAAUGCAUUGUUCACCGUGAUCUUAAGGCUGAAAACCUUCUCCUUGAUGCUGAUAUGAAUAUUAAAAUUGCUGACUUUGGUUUUAGUAAUGAAUUUACAGUUGGGAACAAAUUGGACACAUUUUGUGGAAGCCCACCUUAUGCUGCUCCUGAGCUUUUCCAAGGAAAGAAGUACGAUGGCCCUGAAGUGGAUGUAUGGAGUCUGGGUGUCAUUCUCUAUACAUUGGUCAGUGGUUCCUUGCCUUUUGAUGGCCAGAAUUUAAAGGAACUGCGGGAGCGAGUCUUACGAGGGAAGUACCGUAUUCCCUUCUAUAUGUCCACAGACUGUGAAAAUCUUCUGAAAAAAUUAUUAGUACUGAAUCCAAUAAAGAGAGGCAGCUUGGAACAAAUAAUGAAAGAUCGGUGGAUGAAUGUUGGUCAUGAAGAAGAAGAACUAAAGCCAUAUACUGAGCCUGAUCCAGAUUUCAACGACACAAAAAGAAUAGACAUUAUGGUCACCAUGGGUUUUGCACGAGAUGAAAUAAAUGACGCCUUAAUAAAUCAGAAAUAUGAUGAAGUUAUGGCUACUUAUAUUCUUCUAGGUAGAAAACCACCUGAAUUUGAAGGCAGUGAGUCAUUAUCCAGUGGAAACUUGAGUCAGAGAUCUCGGCCCAGUAGUGACUUAAACAACAGCACUCUUCAAUCCCCUGCUCACCUGAAGGUCCAGCGAAGCAUCUCAGCAAAUCAGAAGCAGCGGCGUUUCAGUGAUCAUGCUGGUCCAUCCAUUCCUCCUGCUGUAUCAUAUACCAAAAGACCUCAGGCUAAUAGUGUGGAAAGUGACCAGAAAGAGGAGUGGGACAAAGAUGUGGUUCGAAAACUUGGCAGCACAACGGUUGGAUCAAAAAGUGAGAUGACUGCAAGCCCUCUUGUAGGGCCAGAGAGGAAAAAAUCUUCAACUAUUCCAAGU